AGAGCCUGACACUUCCGGUCAGCUGAUUCUGCUUCUCCAGCGCGAGCGUUUCUAUCGUUUAGUGUUUAUUGUUUUUAUUUGUGUUGUUUUUUUUAGCCUAAACUUUCACAACAAAGCUACAGCGAUGGCGCUCAGUGAUGCCGACGUACAGAAACAGAUCAAACACAUGAUGGCCUUUAUUGAGCAAGAGGCCAACGAGAAGGCAGAGGAAAUCGACGCAAAGGCUGAGGAAGAGUUUAACAUCGAGAAGGGACGACUUGUGCAAACACAAAGGCUGAAGAUAAUGGAGUACUAUGAGAAGAAAGAGAAACAGAUUGAACAGCAAAAGAAAAUUCAGAUGUCCAAUCUGAUGAAUCAGGCCAGGCUGAAGGUUCUCAAGGCUCGGGAUGACAUGAUAUUGGAUCUUCAAAACGAAGCCCGAACGCGGUUAUCUGUGAUCGCUAAAGACAAGACUCAGUACAUGUCUCUGUUAGAAGGACUCAUUCUGCAGGGCUUUUAUCAGCUGCUGGAACCGAAGGUGACGAUUCGCUGUCGUAAGGAUGAUGUGGCCAUGGUGGAGGCUGCUGUGCAGAAAAAUAUCCCCAUCUACAAAGAAACUGUGAAGAGUAACAUCGAAGUCCGCAUCGACAAGGACAACUUCCUCCCCCCUGAAAUCUCAGGAGGUGUGGAGGUCUAUAACGCGAACGGAAAGAUCAAGGUGUCCAACACUCUGGAGAGCAGACUGGAUCUCCUGGCUCAGCAGAUGAUGCCUGAAAUCCGAGUUUCUCUAUUCGGCGCCAACCAGAACCGCAGGUUCAUGGAUUAACGAAUACUGUGACCAAAGGAAUAGUAAAGAAUUAGCCUUAUAACCUCACUGUGACUGUCUCUGAGUUUUUAUGCAAGGUGUGUAAGAGAUCGCUGUCCCUCUGCGUGAUGAUCUUUCUUCUUCGGCUGUGAAAGGUCCAGGUUUCCUUCCUCUUCUGGCAGGACUGACUGGAAAGGUGUAGAGUGAGCUAGACACCAUCGAUGCACUCAUGGAUAAUAAAAAGCUCUGAUCUUUACACCGUUAACGAGCACAUCGCCGUCACUGUACCUCUCCUGUCGAACCAGCAUUGUUGGUUCUCUCUGCCUUAAACGUGCUUAUUCUGUGUAACCUUUCUUUGUUGCUUUGAUUGCUUGUGUGUGUGUGAGGGUAAAUAGAAAACCGAAAAGUAAAUAGAAUAUUUUAUUUCUAUAUUUGGAGACAUUUCAGUAUUGCUGUCAUGUUAAAAUCCUUUGUUACAAUACAAACAUCAACCAACAAAAA